AUGGGCAAGUACACAACCAGAUCCCAGUCUUCUUCAGAAGGAUUAAACACCAGAAGUGGACAACGCCAUACUAAUGGCGGAGUUGGAGGAAGCAGUGCGCAGUCUGAAGGCAGGAAAAUAUUCGGACUGAACAACGUUCCUUCCGAGCUGAUUACGCACGUAGGAGAGGCAACGAUGGCAGCGAUGACGGCACUAUGCCAGAAGAUUUGGAAGGCGAAGAAGUGGCCGAAACAGUGCACCCAGUCUCUGGUCACCCCCCUACCAAAAAAGGGCAACCUCAGGCUGUGUAAGAACUAUCGCACCAUCAGCCAUCCCAGCAAAGUCAUGCUACGCCUCAUCCUCAACCGACUGAAAAGUAUGGUUGAGGAACUGCUGGCGGAAGAGCAGGCUGGAUUCAGAGCUAAAUGUAGCACAGUAGAACAAGUCUUCAACUUCAACUGA